CGAUUACGUCGGACAAAGAUUCGUCUCACAGACUUUCGCACAAUCAAAGUCAUUGGGAAGGGUGCGUUUGGUGAGGUAAGAUUGGUUCAGAAAGUAGACACUGGGAAAGUCUAUGCCAUGAAGACCCUCCAAAAGGCCGAGAUGUUGAAGCGAGAUCAGCUUGCUCAUAUUCGCGCGGAGCGUGACUUGCUGGCUGAAUCAACAUCACCCUGGGUUGUUCAACUCUUUUAUUCCUUCCAGGAUCCACUAUACUUAUAUCUCAUCAUGGAGUUUCUUCCUGGAGGCGACUUAAUGACCAUGCUCACAAAAUACGAUGUUUUCUCUGAAGAUGUGACGCAGUUCUACAUGGCGGAGUGCAUUCUUGCUAUUGAGGCUGUUCAUGACCUCGGCUACAUUCAUCGG